CCAGGCCCACACCAGGCCAGGCAAGAUGGCGGCCGUGGAGACCGAGGCGGCACUGCUGACCCUAGGAUCGCUGCCCACGGAUCCCCUGCUCCUCAUUUUAUCCUUCUUGGACUACCGGGACCUCAUCAAUUGUUGUUAUGUCAGUCGAAGACUUAGCCAGCUAUCAAGUCAUGAUCCGCUGUGGAGAAGACAUUGCAAAAAAUACUGGCUAAUAUCUGAGGAAGAGAAAACACAGCAAGAUCAGUGUUGGAAAUCUCUCUUCAUAGAUACUUAUUCUGAUGUAGGAAGAUACAUUGACCAUUAUGCUGCUAUUAAAAAGGCUUGGGAUGAUCUCAAGAAAUAUUUGGAGCCCAGGUGUCCUCGGAUGGUUUUAUCUCUGAAAGAGGGUGCUCGAGAAGAAGACCUAGAUGCUGUGGAAGCUCAGAUCGGUUGUAAGCUUCCUGAUGAUUAUCGAUGUUCGUAUCGUAUCCACAAUGGGCAGAAGUUAGUGGUUCCUGGGUUAUUGGGAAGUAUGGCACUGUCUAAUCACUAUCGUUCUGAAGAUUUGUUGGACGUCGAUACAGCUGCUGGAGGAUUCCAGCAGAGACAGGGACUGAAAUACUGUCUCCCUUUAACGUUUUGCAUACAUACUGGUUUGAGUCAGUACAUAGCAGUGGAAGCUGCAGAGGGUCGAAAUAAAAAUGAAGUUUUCUACCAGUGUCCAGAUCAAAUGGCUCGGAAUCCAGCUGCCAUUGACAUGUUUAUCACAGGUGCUACUUUUACUGACUGGUUUACUUCUUAUGUGAACAAUGUCGUUUCAGGUGGCUUUCCUAUCAUCAGAGACCAAAUUUUCAGAUAUAUUCAUGAUCCAGAGUGUGUUGCAACAACUGGGGAUAUUACAGUUUCAGUUUCCACAUCAUUUCUGCCAGAACUUAGCUCUGUACAUCCACCCCACUAUUUCUUCACAUAUCGGAUCAGGAUUGAAAUGUCAAAGGAUGCACUUCCUGAAAAGGCUUGUCAGUUGGACAGCCGCUAUUGGAGAAUAACGAAUGCCAAAGGUGAUGUAGAAGAAGUUCAAGGACCUGGAGUAGUUGGUGAAUUUCCAAUCAUCAGCCCAGGUCGAGUCUAUGAAUACACAAGCUGUACCACAUUCUCUACAACAUCAGGAUAUAUGGAAGGAUACUAUACGUUCCAUUUUCUUUACUUUAAAGACAAGAUCUUUAAUGUUGCCAUUCCCCGAUUCCAUAUGGCAUGUCCAACAUUCAGGGUUUCUAUUGCCCGAUUGUUUUGGUAAUUUGUGCCUUUCCAGAAAUUUGUCCAUUUCAUCUAAUGUUGAAUUUAUUGGCAUAAAGUUAUUGACAGUAUUCCUUUGAUAUCCUUUUAAUGGCUACAAGAGCUGUAGUCAUAUGUCCUCUUUUGUUCUUAAUAUGCUAAUUUAUAUCUUUUCUUUUGUUCAUUGCUUUAGCUAGGAAUACUUUUAUUGAUCAUUUAAAGCAGCGGUCUCAACCUGUGGGUCGCAACCCCUUUGUAACAAUGAAAAUACAUCGCGGCACUAUGAAGGUUGAGAACCACUGAUUUAAAGGAAUAACUACUUUAAUUUCACUGACUUUAUUUCUUGCUCAUUUUCUAUUUCAUUGAUUUCUGCAAUUAUCUUUAUUUCUCUUCUAUUUACUUUGGGUUUAAUUUGCUUUUCUUCUAGCUUUUUAAGGUAGAAAUUUAGAUUGUUGAUUUUAGACCAUUCUUGUCUCUAAGCACUGUAUUGGCUACGUUUCAUAAAUUUUGAUAUGGUAUCUUUUUAUUAACAUUUAGUUCAAAAUAGUCUUAGAUUUCCCUUGUAAUAUAAUUUUACUAUGACUUUUGUAGAAAUGUAUUGAUUUCUGAACAUUUGGGGAUUUUUCAGUUAUAUUUUGGUGGCUGAUUUCUAAUUUUAUUGUGGUAGAGCAUUUGCUCUGUAUGUUACAAAUUCUUUUAAAUGUUUUAUGGCCUGGCAUUAUGGUGUGUCUUGGUAAUUGGUCCUUGUGUAUUUGAAAAGAAUGUAUAUUCUGCUAUGGGGGGGGGGAAUAUCGUUCUGUAAGUGACAGUUCAAAUUGGUCGACAGUGUUUUUCAAGUCUUCUGUUUUUUUGUUUAUUUUGGUCUCUGUACUAUUACCUACUGAAAGAAAAUUGUUGAAAUCUGCAAGUAUACUUACAGUUUUGUCUAUUUAUCUUUUUAGUAUAUUAUAUUUGCUUCAUGUAUUUUGAAGCUCUAUAAUUGUAUCCAAAUAUGCUUGGGAUUAUUAUGUCUUUUUAAUGAUGUGAUUCUUUUAUUAUUAUGAAAUCUCCCUCUUUAUCUCUGGUAAGACUCCUUGGUCCUAAAAUUCAAAGCAUUGAGGUUUGUUUUGGCAGGUAACUGAGUUACUGUUGGGUCUGCUUGAUCCUUCUGAGGCUUGUUUUUAAUGUUUGCUAAUAGGGGGUAAUGCAGUCAUUACUUAAGGAUGGUAGUUCCCAACUCUUUAGUCUCUUGAUUCCCCUAAACUCUGAAAACUUAUAGAGGACUCCAAAAAACUUUUGCUUAUGUGGGUUAUAUCAAUAUUUACCAUAUUAAAAAUUGAAACUGAGAAAUUUUUAUAAUAUUUACUCAAGUGACAACAAUAAACUCAUUACAUGUUUAUCCCUCUCUAAACCAUUUUCUUACUUGUUUAUAGUUUUCAUUUUCUAUUAACCACAAAUAAGCAUCUAAAAUCUUGACCUGCCUUGUGGAAACUGUUUUAAGGAUGAGAUACGAAUAAAAAGAAAUGAGAAUUCUGGGCUUAUUUCUUAUCAAUGUGGAAAAGGCAAUGGGGGUUGGAAUUUUUGACCUUUCAUGUUAAAAUAUUAGUUUUCUUGAUAUGGAACUUGAGUUUUCUCCUUUUUCAUUCUCUACCAGUCUAAUUAAUAAGUAGGCUUAAUACUUCCUUUUCCUUUUUACGUUUUUUUUUUUAGAGACAGAGUUUCACUUUGUUGCCCUCGGUAGAGUGCUGUGGUGUCACACACGGCUCACAGCAACCUCCAGCUUCUGGGCUUAGGCAAUUCUCUUGUCUCAGCCUCCCAAGUAGCUGGGACCACAGGCGCCCGCCACAACGCCUGGCUGUAUAUAUAUUUUUGUUGUUGUUGCUGCAGUUUGGCUGGGGCCGGGUUCGAACCUGCCACCCUCAGUAUAUGGGGCCAGUGCCCUACUCACUGAGCCACAGGCAUUGUCCUGGAAUGCCACUUUAAAAUAUACUUUUGGUUGGUCUUAUGGUUUUCCUUGAUGUGGGCAGCUUUAGAGGUUCCUGCCGCUAAAGUAUUUCCAUUCCUGUCUGUGUGUUCCUCUCUCUCCUCUGCUGUAUGUGUAUGUACACUUUUUUCUGAGCAAUUUCUUUUUCUCUUUAGCUGCAUUGAUUUAACAGUUUUUCUUUUUUCUUCUUAAUUAAGAUAAUUAGUAAUCACACCACCUGAAUAUCAUGUUUUAGGAUUUCCUAAGUCUUCCCCCUUCCCACCUUUUGGACUGCCUCCUGAAUUUUGAAGUCUUCAUUCCUUAGACUAAACAAAUAUAUCCAAAGAUAAAAAGAAUGUAUUAUCUUCUAUCACAUCGAUGUAUAUUUUCUGAUUGUUACUGUUGUUUGUGUUAUAAUAAAUCCUAAAUGUCUCAA